AUGGUACUCGAUAGACUACACAACAAUCAUCCACACAUAACCACAAUUGACCGGUUCGAGGUUGUGAGCUUAUACUUAUAUCUGGGAUUAUUAAUUACAAACACAGGGUCAUUACAAGAAGAGAUUAAACGUAAAUGUGAUCUAGCACAAGUUGCCAUAGCAAAAAUGACCAAAAUAUGGAAGGAUUGUCAAAUUUUAAGAGCGAUAAAGAUGAGGCUGAUCAACUGCUUAAUAUUCCCAAUACUGACCUACGGAUGUAAAUCUUGGACUCUGAUACAAUCGGAGAGAAGAAAGGUAGACGCCACUGAAAUGUUCUAUUGCAGACGAAUGUUACGAAUUUCUUGGACCGACCGUAGAACAAAUAAUUUAAUUUUAAGAGAGCUAAAAGUUAGCCAACGACUCUCUAGUAAAGUCCAUCUCCAACAAUUAAAAUAUUUUGGGCAUGUUAUGAGAGCAAACACAGAAAACAUGGAAAGACUCAAAUUACAAGGAAAGGUAGAAGGCCGAAGAUCACGAGGAAGAUCCCCAACAAGGUCUUCUUCUUCUUCUCGUGCCACUCCUAGCGGAGAUUGGAAAUCAUCA